CUACUGAGGGGAUGGUAAGGCACUGGAGCAGGUUUCCCAGAGAAGUUGUGUGUGCCUCAUCCAUGGAAAUGUUCAGAGCUGGGUUGGAUGGGGCUUUGAUCACCCGGUCUAGCGGAGUGGAGUGAACAGCUCAGCAGCAUCAAUCCUCAUUCAGACAAAAUAGCUUCUCAGGUCUUGUUUUGCACCUGUUUUCCAUUGUUUCAGGGCUGGGGGAAGGAUGUGAAACUGCAGAAACUUGUUUGCCCCAUUGUUUUGUUCUCCUGAGCCACAUGGUCCAGUGGACGGAGAGGGGGUCAGGUGCCAUCUUGCCUUUGUCUGAGAAAAUGACAGCAGAUGCUCUCUAUGGGAAGUGUUUUUGUCUGUUCGGUGGUGGAUACCCUAUUGGUAGCCAAAUAUGAAAUGCAUGUGAAGAUUGGUGUUGGCACGCGAUGCUGCCCAGGAAAGGGCCACGCCCCCGUGGUGCAGCUCCUUUCAUGCAUCACAGCUGCCGCAGCUCGACAGAAGACGACCUCAGGGAAAACCUAAGCCAAACUUUCAAACUGAGGGAGCCUUAAUAGCACGUGUCACCCAUAGACCCCAAAGGGCUUGGCAAUCAAGGUUAGUACCAUCCUCCUUACCUCGUAGAUGGGAAAACAGAUGAAACAAAGAAAAGAGAAAUUAUUUUCUUGAGAUUGCAAAGCAGUUUGGAUCAGGAAACUAGGGCAUGAAUCUCCUGUGCCCAGACCUGCUCUCCUAGGUACUGUGUGACUUAAACUGAAGUUAUUCCGGGGAGCUGGUUGUCUCCAUUGUUUGUGCUUGCUCUCCCCCAGCCUCAGAGCAACUUCUAAUACUAAGCAAGAGCUUAUAGGGCCUAAGUGAAGGUAGAAAAAUACAACUUUGGAACAGCAUGUUGCAGCAACUGUGUGUAGCUCUGUACAUAUCCAAUUAGGAGCUAAAAUAUGACCUGCAUGUUCGAAUUAUGUUGUGUUUUCUGUUGAUACAAUCUUUUCAUUUUCUGAGUGUUUCUGUGUAAACCACCUCUACCAAGCAAGUUCCUAAUAGACUUCCUGGAACCUCUGGCCCUCUCCAUCUCCAAAUAAAUUGUUAAUGGGGAAGUGAAUACCUGUAUUUCCCUAUUUUGUCCCAUGGUGCUUAGCAGAAUUUGUUGAAACAGUCAUUUUCUUUGCCUCCAUCAUCUUGAUAUACUUGUCACUUUAAUUUUUUAAUUUUCAAAUUUAAAUUUUAAAUUUAAGUUAAAUUUAAAAUAAUUUUUAAAAUUAUUUAAAUGGUAAAUACUGUGAUAACAAAGCCAAAAAAGCAAACAAAAAAAAUACCAAAUCCCCCAAAAAGUUGUGUCCACAAAGCGGAUUCCUUUUUGUUUGGAGUUCCUACUAGACAAGAAAAUUACUCCACAGGGUUGUUACAGCUGUCCUUUAUUGCUAAGCCAUGCUGUAAUGGAUUUUGGUCUUCUCUCCACCAGAUAGGAGCUUCCUGAAGAUGAAACCCUCUGCCACCUAUGAGCUGUUAGUGGACAGUGUUGGGCCAUGGGACUUCACUGACGGUUUUGUUCCUUGUGAACUGCUACUUGUCGGAGAGGAUGCCUACCCUGUGCUCCUGAGUGCUAAGAAGCAAGUUCUGAUUGCUGUUUCACAGUAUGGGAAGGGCCGGAUGGUGGUUGUUUCCCAUGAAGGAAUCUUGAAGGACUCCAAGUUUUCCCAGUUCCUCAGAAAUGCUGUGGAGUGGCUCAAGCCUUGCCCCGAGGCCCUAGUUGGGGUUCAUUCUCGGUUGGAUUCCCUCUCCCAGGUGCUGCUCAGGGCUGGCACUAAAGUACAGGCCGAGGCAGAGCUCAGCCCCUCCCUGGGCGUGUACUGUGUGGAUGCCUAUGACAGCUCGAAGGCAAAAGACCUGGUUGGCUUUGUAAAAGGGGGUGGAGGGCUCCUCAUUGGAGGCCAAGCCUGGCACUGGGCUAGUCAACAUGGCAAGGAGAAGGUGCUGUUCGAAUUCCCUGGGAACCAGGUGACCAGCGUGGCUGGCGUGUACUUCACAGGAAACGCUGUGGAAAAAGGCAUCUUCAAAGUAGCUAAGAAAAUUCCCAAGAUCCCAUUAGUUGUCCCGCACCAGGCCAACCUCAGCCUUGAUGCUGAGUUUCUCCUGCGUGACGUGCUGGAGCUGGACUUGGUGACAGGGGGUAUUCCCUCCACCUUGCUGGUGCAUGGUGUACUCUCCUUCCCCCUCUGCCUGGACAGCUCGCACCGCUGCCUCUUGGCUGCGGCACACUAUGGCCGAGGCCGUGUUGUGGUGGCAACCCACGAGAGCCAUCUGUUCUCCCCAAAGCUGGCCAGAUUCCUGCUCAAUGCUGUCUGCUGGCUGGAUGCCGGGAGAAAGGGGCUGGUGGGUGUGGAUCCCAGCCUGAAGAAACUGUGUAGCCUCCUCUCUCUGGAAGGGGUGAAGUCACAGGUGUCACAGCUGACAGGUGACCUCAGCGUGUACUGCUGCUCUUCUUACAGCGACAGAGAGGCGGAAAGGAUUCACACUUUCGUGGCAGAAGGAGGUGGCCUAUUGGUGGGAGGCCAGGCCUGGUACUGGGCUUCCCAGAACUGUGGCAAAGCUGCUGUGGCAGAAUAUCCUGGCAACAAAAUCCUGAACCGUUUUGGGCUGAGUAUCCUGGGACAGAGUGGCCAGGCGGCCAAGCACCGGCCCGUGGGGCCUGGGGAGCACUACCACUUCCGCAAGGCGCUCCUGCUCUUCAGCACCCAGGUGAACAAAUGUGAGGAGCUCACGGAGCCCCUGAAGGACUGGCUGCACUGCCUAGCACGGGACUGUGCUGCCUUCCUGCGCAUCCCAGCCCACGACUGCCCAGCAUAUGCCUCGCUGCACCGCAUCCUGACCAAAGUGCUUCAGAGAAGUGGGAUCCCACAGGUCAGCAGGCACUGCCCUGUCAAGAGAAACUCCAAAGAGGCAGUCCUGCUCUGCAUGGCAACCGAGCUGUCCCUCACCAUGACAGACAGUGCAGCCCUGGUGCAGAAAUGUGCUGCUGGGGUCUGUACCCUCCCUGUCACUGUGGAAAUUGAUGGCACAAACCCAGGUAAGACAGCCUGGAGGAGUACAGGACUCUACCUCCCUGAAGGGCACACAGCGGUUAUAACAUGCCCAUGCCUAGUGGUUGGUGCUGGUCUGAAGGUGCAGAUUGGGUGUCACACAGAUGACCUCUCUCAUGCCAAAGAGCUGAAACGGGCACCAGUGGUAAUACGCAGCUGUGAUGUUGCCUGCCAGAAGCAGUCCAUUUCUUGCCUCUGGGGUGGCCUGAUCUACAUCAUAGUACCAGCAAAGAGUGUCCUGGGGAAGGUGCCCAUCACAGUGGAAGGGGCAGUCAGAGCUCCUUUCUUCAAGCUUGGGGAGACCUGUGAAAGCCUGUGGAAGGCCUGUAUCCGACACUACCCUGCUCCCUGGGCAGAACUGGCUGUUGAGAAUCUUAUCCUGACGGUGCCCUCCGACAGCAUCCGCCACAUGGAGAACCCACGGCCACUGCUGACCCUAUGGAAUGAGAUCAUGGUGGCAAUAAGCAAAUUGGCAGCCAUACCAACAAAAUUCCCAAGGCCAGAGAGGAUUGUAACAGAUGUCCAGAUCUCAUAUGGCUGGAUGCAUGCUGGCUACCCCAUCAUGGGCCACCUAGAUUCGGUGAAGGAGAUGUUAGAUAUGAAGCAUAUGCAAACUACUGGUCUUUGGGGUCCUAUCCAUGAACUGGGACACAAUCAACAGCAGCAAGCAUGGGAAUUUCCCCCUCAUACCACAGAGGCCACAUGCAACCUCUGGUCUGUCUAUGUUCAUGAGAAGGUGCUAGGGAUUCCCAGGCAUCAGGCCCAUGAGGCCCUAAAAUCACAGUGUCGGAAGGAAAGGAUAAAAGAGUAUCUGAGGAAAGGCGCUCAAUUAAAGGACUGGAACGUGUGGACUGCUCUGGAGACAUACCUGCAGUUGCAGGAAGGGUUUGGUUGGGACCCCUUCACCCACCUCUUCUCUGACUACCAGAAAAUGUCCACCAUCCCAAAAGACAACCCUUCUAAGAUGAAUUUAUGGGCACGGAAGUUUUCUCAGCAGGUGAAUAAAAAUUUGGCUCCAUUCUUUACAGCCUGGGGAUGGCCUAUCAAGAAAGAGCUGAUUCUGGAACUGUCCUCUCUACCCAGCUGGGAACAGGAUCCAAUGAGAUCCUAUAAACUAUAAAGGAAAACUAUCUAAAUCUUGAUUCUCAUACUAGCUAUGGCCUAUCUUUUUCUCCUUGUGUGCUGCAUGAUAGCUCACUAUGUGCUUAGAUUUACACUGGAUUCUUCAGCUUCUUGCUGACAAUGGAGGCCAACCCCAACAGAAAUUCAACAGGAACUUGUCUGCAGAUCAGCAAUCUAAGCUAUCUUCUGAAAGAUUAAAUAACCAAUGAGCUUUGUUCUGGGUUCUUCACCUCAGGAGGAAUGUAAUUCUGAGUUGAUUUAGUUCCUACAGAACCUUUCUCUGAUGAAAUGGAAGCUUUCAGGGUGAAGCAGUCACUGGAACAGUCUCAAGGACAGUAUCAACGGAAUAUAGAUCUGUAAGGCAAAUAGUAGCCUCCACAAUGUUCUACUCUUCAGUUAUAACCUCAGUGACAUGAGAUUUUCACUAUUGUUUUUCUUACCCUAAAAUCCCUAAUUUUUAACUCCUCUAAUUAUGCAGAACUUCCACACCUACUAUUAUGAAAGUGACCUUGUAAUGUUUAUAUACAGGUUAUAUAAUACAUAGCUGAUACUGAAAAUGCUGUAGAUUUCUUCCUACAUUCUAUGACUCUGUGACCCAACAUCCAGCUUCAUGUGUGUAAGUCAAUUAUAAGUUGUAGUUGUCACUCUUAACCAUGGCCUGACAAUAAGAUACAUGCCAAUGUAGAUGGGAGAGUGGAAGCAAAGAGGUGACUUGAUUGUAAUCAGUAAUGGUUUAACUCGUGCUCAUCAAAAGUUGAAACACAGGCACUGACCUGACAGCCUGAGAGAGCAGAGAGAAGGAAGACAACAGUUCAUCAAGACAGUAAAAAAAGACCAGAAUAGAAAUUACCCAAAUACUUGUUACAACAGCUUUUCAUUUUUGUGUUGGCUCAGAUGUAGUUCUGAUUUCCCAAUGAUUUAUCGUCUUUCAAACUUUUUUCCAUUCUUAUUGACAAUUAGUAUGAGUUUAUCUUCCAAUAAAAUAAAUGCAGAGGCCAUACAUAGUUUAAACAGUGUUUCAGUACUGGUUCGGAGGUUCGGAAGACUUACAUGGUAUAAAGAUUUAGACCUGACCCUACCUAUAGAAGCAUAUUUCAUCCCUAAUGAGUUUAUGAAUAAAAGUUUCGCUUGUGUCCACUUAAAAAAUAUACAAAAUGUAUCAAAGUGCUAUCGGAUCUGUUAUCAGAUUGGUAUAUAAACUGGGGGGAGUUGGCCAAGUGCCACUGAUCACAGCACAGGGACAGGCUGGGCAUCAGUCAGUGGGUAGUGAGUGACUGGACUCUGCAUCACUCGGGUUUCCUGGGGUUUAUUCCUCUCUGUGUCUCUUUCUCUACCUUUCAUUGCAACUAUUGUUGUUAUUAUUAUCAUUAGCAUUAUUGUUAUAUUUUACUUUCCUUCAGUUAUUAAACUGUUCUUAACCCAUGACUUUUACCUUUCUUUUA